AUGUCGUCAGUUCUGGGGCCCUUGUCUGGAGCCCACGAAGACAGACAGUACAUCCCUGCCAUGAAUUUGAUGUGGGAUGAAGUGGACAAGUGCUUCGACCCAAGCUACAUCCUUGGAGAAGCUGGGCACCGCUUCUGCCAAACAUACGCUGUUAGGGCAGCCCAUGCAGAAUUUCCUUACGCCCUCCACUGCUUGUCGCUGAUGUGUGCUCUUGUGAACGGUGCCAAAGUGGCUGUCUUUGCUACCUCGCCAUCGCCUUUGACGUUGGUUGCAAUUAAUGUCAACUACGCCCAGACGAGAAAAUCAUCCUUGACAGGACAUGCAGAGGCUUGUGGGCAGGAGUUGGACGCAGUCAUCUUGACGAACGCGGAGUCCAAGCUGGCGACAUAUUGUGUGGAAGAAGGCGCUCCUGCGCCAGUGCAGCACAGGUUGAAGCCGAAGCUAUUCUCCGCAAUGGUUGCCAGCGCAACGCCGGAGGAGUGGUUCCAUCGAUGCUCGGGCGAUUGGAACCAGGUCCGAAAUGCUGACAAGUUGCCCGGAGACUGGUCUGGCCGAUGCUGGUUUGGCUUGCUGGGGAAUUUUGAUGAGGCCUACGACUUCCUGCUCAGCUUGGGUCUCUUGUCCGAUGGGCCUGCAUCCAAGGAGAAAGCCAAGGCAAGGGUGAACCCGUACCAGAGUGCCUUCAACAAGCUCUUGCAGUUUGGAACCAGCGCUCGCGCCACGAAAACGAAUGGGAGCUAUGGAGAGAAGCUUGCUAGAACUGUUAGCGUGGGGAUCACUUGCAAUAUGCACCCUGCGCAAUACAUCCCUAUGGAAAGAGGUGAGGUUGGUUGCCACGCAGCUUCCACCAAAGAACGGUUUGUCAUCUCCACUGGCCGCCCUGUGCAGCCGCAUGAAGACAUGCCGGCAGAUUUCUGUUGCCCUCCAGGAGUUUCCCGGCACCGAUGGGUUCCUCUCACAGCCGAAAUUGCGGAACUGCUGGGCAUAGCCAAAGAGGCUGCUUCGCCAGAUGCUGCUGCUCAGGAGUGGAAAGACGUUGGCCUUGAAGAUGAAAAAGCAGUGCAGCUCACCCAGAAUGCAGCGGGCGACUAUGUCCCAUCAGAAGAUGGGUACCCUGUGAGGCUCUUGGAUGGCAAGAUGAGCCGCCUACGGUUCAAACGUUCUCCUGCGUCGACGUCUGGGUUUGAAGCUCAGUGGCGCGUUGCCAACAGAAGCUUUGCCAUUCCAGCAGAGUGCUCCCUGACGGCCGCUGUCUCCCAAGUCACUGCCUACUUCGACCAACCUCACCAAGUCAUUGCCCUCACUCCGGAGGCGGAGUCUUGGCACAUGUCCUACCAAGGUGGAAUGAAUGUGCACGCCCAUCUGUCUCGCGAAUCAGGGGAUGUUCAGGGUGGCGCUCGCUUUGGAGCCGCUCCGUGGCAAGUGGGAGUUUUGGCGGCUUUGCUCCUGGUGUUUGAAAUCUUUGUGGGCGCGCGCAGUGUUGAAGCUCUUGGACGGAGGGAUUUGCAGGUCCAGAAGCUGAAGCAUAUUGCUUUGGGAGAUGCAGCCGCUAGCCCAGACCAUUUCCCCCAGCAGCCAAGUCCGCAACCUGCUUUCGAUUUGGCAACUUUGCGUGUUCCUUAUCAGACGGAAGAUUUUGCUUCGACCCAGCAUGGUCCCGGACUUCGGCUUCCCCAAGCUGGCGAGGAAGAAGAAUUUGAACUUGAACCUGAAGAAGAAGAUGCGGAACCUGGGCCCAACUCGCUUGUCAGGCCCCCAGACAGCGUGGCCGAAGUCGUGGAGGACCUACCGCCCCAAGAUCCACCCGCAGGCGAAAAGCCGCUGGUUCUUGAUGAAGUGCGGGCAAGUGAUUUUGGUUUUGGCGAGAAUGGCGUCACAGUCCAGCCUGACGGUCUCUUCAGCCGUCACUGGACAGACCGGGCAAUCCUGAAGCACACCUUGCUGACCGGCAAGCCAAAGAUGACUCGCAAAGAAGCGUGUGACAAAAUGCGCACCAGCAGGGAACAGGGCCGCCGCAAAGCGCUUCCGAAAGAGAAAUGGACAGCGGUCAUGGCGGCAGCCGCAGAGCAGCAUUCCAGCAUCCUUCAGCUCCAGGGUGAGACUUUGUGUUUGAAAGUGAUCCCAGACACAGCGCAGGGCAAGGUGAAGUACCACAAUGAAUUGAUGAGGGCUUGUGGGCUGACUUUGCGGGAGCUGGUGGCCGCCAUGGAGAAAGCAUCCAGCAACCAGGAAAGGAAGCGCCAGGAAGAUCGGCGCAAACGGCCCAGAGAUGAGGA